AUGUCUUUCCAUUCUCUGUUUCUGGGCGCAUUGCGCACCAGAGCACCGACGUUCCGACCACCAACUCAUUCUCUCCUGCAACGCUCACUCUUCACUUCCGCACCAAUUUUGUUCAGUCUUCAUACCCAUCCUCUUCCACGUAGACCAUUGUUGCUCCCGCACUCUAGAGCAUUAUCAUUAUCCUCCAUCUUCUCACGCAAACCUCCCGUUCCUACACCACCUCCAAGUGUUGUAGCCAAUGUCGCUGCAAUCGAGGCGGAAGCGAAUGCAAAUCCCACAGACCCUCAGAAGCAGAUUUCUCUGUUUCAGGCUCUUGUAGGAACGAAGAUAAAGCCAGGGUAUGACGUGGUCAUCGCGAGAUGGGAACACAUGUGUGACUUCGAUCCCUCAAAUCCUCUUCUGCGCUCUGAUAUUGCUUUCCAAUUGUAUCUCACGGCUCUAGUCGAGAAUGGUCUGUCAUCGUCUGUCGAUGCUGCCGUCCAGAAACGCGAUUCCCUGCUCGGUGUUCACGCAGCUGCCUCUACCUCAACAUCUUCUUCGGCUUCAUCUAGUUCACUGGCUACUUCCUCGGACUCUGUCGGUUCUUCGGAUGCCGCAACUUCACCUGCUGCAACGGACUCUGCUGUCUCUUCCGAUUCUGUGUCAUCCCAGCAACCCGCGCAGCGUGCCCCGACUCCGACGUCCAGUCAGUUGUUAGCUCAAGCAGUUCUGACGCGACAAGCCGCACUGUCUGUUGGUGGUUCAGCGGCGAACAAGGCCGGCAUGGCUAAUUUUGCAACGGCGCUGAAUGGCGGACUCGGAGUUCCUGACAAUCCCGUUGUGGUCACAAUCAAUGAACCGAAAGGCUCCUGGGUGCCACGCAUGAUCCGGUUCUUGGUCCUCACAGCGGUAACAAGUUUCUUCCUUCUCGUCAUGCUCGCCGUCCUCCUUGAGAACUCCGGCCUGAUGAAAGCUGGCCCUCAUCAAAGCGAAUUCGAACCUGUGCAGGGCAAGACGUACAAGUUUAACGACGUACACGGUGUCGACGAAGCGAAGGAUGAACUGCAAGAGGUAGUCGAGUUCCUGAAGGAUCCCACGUCCUUUGCGGCGCUUGGCGGGAAAUUACCUAAGGGUAUCCUCCUGACUGGACCGCCAGGAACUGGAAAAACGAUGCUUGCGCGGUCCGUGGCAGGGGAAGCUGGCGUGCCAUUCUUCUUUGCUUCUGGUUCCGAGUUUGAUGAGAUGUUCGUCGGUGUCGGUGCAAAGCGUGUUCGUGAUCUCUUUGCAGCUGCGCGGAAGAGACAGCCCGCCAUCAUUUUCAUAGACGAGAUUGACGCGAUCGGCGGGAAGCGCUCCAACCGUGACACGCAAUAUAUGAAGCAGACGCUGAACCAGCUGUUGGUCGAGAUGGAUGGGUUCCUGCAGACUGAAGGAGUCAUCGUUAUUGCGGCAACGAACUUCCCUGACAGUCUCGAUCCUGCCCUUGUGCGACCUGGUCGGUUUGAUAGACAUAUUGCUGUCCCCUUGCCGGAUGUCCGCGGCCGAGUUCAGAUUUUGAAACACCACAUGAAAGAUGUCGUGGUAGCCCCCAAUGUCGAUGCAACGAUCCUCGCACGGGGUACCGCAGGCUUCUCGGGAGCGGACCUGCAGAAUAUGGUGAAUCAAGCAGCCGUUCAAGCAUCGAAGCAAGGAGCCAAGGCGGUGGACCUCUCUCAUUUCGAAUGGGCUAAGGACCGGAUUAUCCUGGGUUCCGAGCGAAAGAGCACAUAUAUCAGCGAAGAGGUCAAGAAAAUGACUGCUUACCAUGAGGGUGGUCAUGCUCUUGUGGCUUUGUACACAGACGGUGCGAUGCCCUUGCACAAAGUGACAUGUGUACCUCGCGGGCAUGCUCUCGGUAUUACAAGUCAACUGCCUCAAGAUGAUCAGUACUCGGUAUCAUUGAAAGAAUACCUCGCGCGCAUCGAUGUCUGCAUGGGUGGACGCGUCGCUGAAGAACUCAUCUAUGGCCCCUCCAACGUCACAAGUGGUGCAUCAUCAGACUUGAUGCAGGCUACUCGCACUGCUCAAGCGAUGGUCAAGAAUUGGGGAUUUUCUGAUAAAGUCGGACCCGUCUACUACACUGAAAAUGAGACGAUUAGUACGACAACGCGUGACAAGAUAGAUUCCGAAGUGCGAAAGCUACUGAUAGCGGGCGAGUCACGAGUGACCGAUCUUCUCAAGGGGAAGGAGCAAGAACUGCAUAGGCUGGCCUCCGCCCUCGUCGAACACGAGACGCUGGAUGCCGACGAAGUGAGGAAGGUGAUCAAGGGCGAGCCAAUACGCAACAUCGCCGAAGUUCUACAGGACGACGUCUCACUAAUGUCCGAGACGGUCGGGCAGAAGUCAUAG